CCAACAAUACGAGGGCGAUGAAAUUUGUCGGCGACAGCCGAGUUGAGUUGGGCUUGCGGAGUCUUUGGCAAAGCGAGCGCCCAAUUUAAGCAGAAAAAUGGAAGAAUCAUAUGCUCCACCAAGCAAAAAGCUGCGCCAGCGCAUCGAGCAAAUGGCGAAGCUCGGGGGCCUCGAUUCAUCGCCGGUGCAGCUGGGAGCGCUGGCUUCGUUGGUUGCUGUGGAGGGCUCACCUGAGCUGUUGGCCGACCUCCCUGUGACGCGCUGCGUGCCCUUCGAAGAGCCCCAGUGCGCACAAGCGCUUGCAGCGGUGCCAAUCUCUAGCUGGCUGAACCAAGGCUGCCACGCCAGCGUGGUGUGCCUGGGCCUGUCCAAUGCACUCCACCGCGACCAAGCCAUCACGGCGCCUGGGGCAGUUGUCACCGCCCCGUCUGCCGGGCUGGAGCUUUUGCUGGGGCUGCAACGCCCUAGCGUGCUGCGGGAAGCGCUGCAGAGCGCCUUUCACUCCAGACCAAUGACAGACUCAGAGGGUAUGAUGCAGCCAUUGGGCGCCGGUGCGAGCGGGGACCUGCCGCUUGCAGGCGGGGCUCUCUGGUGCUGCGAGCUAGGCGCCGUGAGACCCGACGCAGCGAGGGUACUGGGUGGCGUGGGCAAGCAGGGAAGGGCUCAUGGAGCUGCGGGGCUCGAGAAAACUGCAGCUGGAGCUUGCGCCGGCACGGUCACGGGCGAGGCAUGCGGGGGAGCAGGCCGCUGGCGGAACCUGCUUGCGGAGGUGGCGCAGGAGGUUGCAGUGGCGAGCCACCAGCGGGAGCAGCACCACCAGCACCGCCAGCGUCAGCAGCACCUGCAGCACCAGAAGCAGGCCGCUUCACUCGGUUUGAAGAGCGGCGAGGGACCCAGGUGGAACAGCGGCCCGCGCCCCGCAGCACCCGGCGGGCGCGGUGCUGCGGGGGCCUUGCAGCAGCAAGCCACAGGCGCGGCCAGGUCUCACACCGGCAAUGUUCCAGAUGCCGUUGCCGCCGCUUUACCCCCGCCCGCAGCCGAGGAGGAGCCACUGUUGGAUGCCGAUGCCAUGGCCGCGGCUGCCGCGGCCGUGGCACGUGGCGCGCCGCUGGUGGUGGAAUCGUUUGAACAGGCGUGUGCGGCCCUGCACGCCGCCUUCAGCCGCAGUGGCCUGUGGCAGCUGCGCGACUGGGCCGCGCAAGGCGAGGCAGAGGCUCGCGCCGCGACUGUGGCGCCUGAGGCGGAUGGUGCGCGCUCUUCGCUGCAGCAACAGGCCUCGGAGCAGGCGGCCGGGUCAGAACCCAGCGAAAGCAGGCCAGGACAGGGUGAGUUGCCGCUGCUCCUGCCGGCCGGUCACGGCCAGCCACCGGGGCAACGCUUGCAGUCGCAGCCAUCUGCACACCUGUUCGUGCGGCUGGGUUACGCGCAGCACAGCAGCAGGAGCAGCAGCAGCUCGGCAGCCCAUUCUCCUGCUGCCGCUGCCGCCAGUCCGCAUUACAUCACGCUGGAUCUCGUGUUCACCAGCCUGGGGGCUUGCUGCUAUAGGGGCGGCGUCGGCAGCACGGGAUCGGCGCUGCCCUCGGGGCUUGCGUCGGAGCGGCUGGGGCUGGGUUGCGGCUGCGAGCUGGUCGCGGAGCUAGUCGCACGGCAGACGGAUGACACGGGCGUGCCGCAGCCGCUGCAAAGCGCCCGUCGCUCUGAGCUGUGCCGCCGCCUUGCACCGCUUCUGUGCGCCAACGUGGCGCCGCACCUGAUGGCGGUGCUGCCGGGGGAGGCGCUGGAUGCCGGCUCGCCAGCACAGGGCAAGCAGCAUGAGGACGCCACCGAGCUGCUAAGGGCGGCCGUGCGGCUGAUAACGGCCGCGGAGACAAUCCAGACCGUAAUGGUACGUGGAGACCCGCCGCCGCCGCUGCCGACCUCCACAGCGGCGUUGCGCAGCAGUGCCGGUGCUGGAGCCGGUGCCACGUUCACGUCGCUCCCGACCCUGGACCCAACGCUGUUGGGCGCGCAGCGGCAGCUGUCAGCCCACUUGCUGGCCAAUCUGGAGCGCACGCGGCGAGAGGCGCAGGCGACACGCGAGCACGUGUACGCCGAGACGUGUGCCCGCAUGGCUGACGAGGCGCGACUGGCGGCGGAGGCCGAGGCGCGCAGGCAGGCCGAGCAGGAGGCAGCUGCGCGGCGCACAGCGGCACGUGCAGCGGUUGCGGCUGCAGCGGCGGCUGCAGCGGCUGAGGCUGAAGCUGUGGCGGAGGCAGCGCGGGCGAGGCUGCGAAAGGCGGAGCAGAGGAUGCUGGAGCAGGAGGCAGCAGCUAGGCAGGAAGCUGUGCGGCGGGCUGAGGAGGAGGUUGCGGCAGCUGUGGCAGAGGCCACACGGGUGGAAGCGGUGGUGGCCGCAUCCGCAGCAGCUGCGCACGAGGCGCAAGCAAAGGCGCAGUCUGCGGCUGGGUCGUUUGCUGCGGUCUCAGCCGCAGCUGCUGCUGCCGUGGAUGCGGUCACCGCGGCUGCGGCGCUACCGCCUGCGGCCCUAGCUGCCGCCGGUUCAGCUGCCGCCGGCCGUGGCGCUGUCAUUAGCGCAGUUGACUUCGCACAGCCCCGGGGCUACGGCCGUGUCUUGCGUGAACAGAACCAGUCUGGCCCCCAACAACAGCCUUGGCCGCACGCGACAUAUCUUGGUCCGCAGCAUGAUCAGCAUCAGCCGCAGCAGCCGCAGCAGGCGACCGCUGCCACUUCUGGCAUCUUUGUGGGCGGCCUGGCCAAGCUGCAGAAACGGCUGGAGGCCCUGCAGCGAGCCAGGCUGGCGCGGGAGGGCGGACAAGAGGGCGGCGCGGGCGUAGGCACAGGUGGCGGGGCAGGCCACGGCGAAGCCUGCGGAUUGGGCGCCGCAGCGUCGGCUGCGGCGACGGGGCAAGGCAUUGCCGCGCUUGGCGUUUCAGGAGCGUCCUCUGUAGUUGGGCUGGACCUGCCCGGCCAGAUUCCCGCAGCAGGUUGGGCACAUGUGGACGCGCUGGCGGAGGUGCGGCCUCAGGCGCUCCCGGCAGGGCUGCUCUGCGAGCUGGAACCACCAGCUGCAGGCCCGCAAUCCCACGAACUGCUGCCGGCAAGCGUCGCGGCCGCGGCCGCGGCCGCGGCCGCCUGGGACGAGCCACCACAACUACGGCAUGCCACGCCAGUGGCCCUCCAUGCCGAGACGCAGACGCAGCCACAGCCCAAGGACGAAGCGCCGCCGGUGAGGGAUGCUGCAUCAAGUGCGGCUGGCAGCAUCCUUCGCGGUGCUCAAUCCUCGGAGAGCAGCAGGGUGCGCGGCGACGGAUCUGGAGGCAGCGGCCAAUCGCCAAGCGUGGUAUCAGCACCCGGCGGCAUGUGGCAGGACACAGCAGCCGAAAGGGCCAACAGCCAGGCUGGCGCAAACAGUGAGUUUGCCCAGUCAACCAGCCGCAACAGCAAUGGUGCACAACUGGUGCUUCAGGCUCGCAGUGGCGGUAUGGGCACCCAGCAAGCCGCCAGCAGCGUGUCAGUACACGGGUCGGCGGUGGCGCACAGCCGGCCUCACACCAACUCCCAGGCAGCGGCAAUCAGCCAGAGACACGGCACUUCAUCGGAACUAGCCGACGACACCGCUGCCACCGGGGCUGCUGCUGCCGCAUCCGCAGCAGCAACAGCAGCAGCCAAGGAAGCCGAGACGGCUCGGCUGCAUGCAGUCGCUGAGGCAAGAGCGGCUGCCGCUGCAGCACAGGCACGGUCACAAGCACAAGCCGAGGCUGAGGCGGCGGCCGCCGCGGAGCGGCUGUCACAGCUGCGGUCCCAGUUUGACCGGCUUUACUUCGGCAUGGUCCCUGAGGGUCUGCGUCGUGGGGAGGCGCCGCUACAGCAGCAGGCUGAACUGCAACCGGAGCGGCCCGGGCUUGGCGCACAGCAGGCCGCGCCGCUGGAGCAGCCGCGCGGCAGCGACCUCGGAGGCGGAGCAGCACCACUCGAGAGCGGCCACCUGCAAUCAAACCUGCAGCUGCCGCCUCGUGAACGCCCAGCCGCGGGCCCCGCACACCACAACCAGCUGGCCUCAGCGGGCAUGCAUCUGCGCCCGGUGGACCAGUUUCAGGACGGCGCGCCGACGGCAGGCCUUACCGGGGCCCGCAGUGGUCGCGUGGCGGUGCACCUGCUGCGCAUGCCCGGGCCCACACCUGGCCUGAGUGGUGCGCUGCUAACGGGCGCUGAGGUGCUAGACAGGACGUCUACCGCGCUGGCAACCUUGUGCCUGGCAGAGCCGGCCUCUGAUGUUGCGGACGCCGCCAGGCCUGAGCACUGCCACCUCAACAGCGCCGGUGCGCGCGCAGAUGCGAGUGCCGGGAAAGUUGAAAGCCUCGGGCUGGCGGCUGUGUGUGGGCAGCAGCGCGGACACAGCGGCGGCGCAGGCCGUGCUGGUCGGCCCGCUGCGGUUGGCGAUGGCGUGGCGGACGCAGGCACCGGCAGCUAUGCCGCUCAGUACCUGCAGCACACGAGCAUGUCGGCUCAGAGCAGGUGGAGCGCGUCUUAUGCUCGGCAGCAACCUUCAGACGCUGCGGGGCGCUGCGCGGAGGCCUGGCCGCAGGAGUCGUCGGUGUUGGAGUUCGGGCACGCCGCCGCUGCGGAGCUGAGCCAGGGAUACGGGCCUGGGGCUGGAGCCAUCGACCCAGAGGCUGACGAACUGGCGGCGGGGGCAGACGCAGCGGCGGCCACAGGGCGCUUGAAUGACCAGGAGGGGGCUCGGCCGCACCGUGGCGCUGGGAGCUGGGAGUGGGGCGAGGGUGGAGACGACAGCGAUGAGCGAGGUCAGCAGCCGCGCAGCGAGGAGGGCUGGGAGGAGCUCGCUGAGGAGCCUCACGACCCGUCGAUGAGCGAUCACGACCAGCAGGGGCAACGGCAGCAGGUGCUGCAGCGCCAGUACGCCGACGAGCCCGGGCACCAGCCAGCAGCUCAGGACACUGGAGGCGCUGGCGACAGCGACGGUGGAAGCCACGUUGGUGGGUCGUAUGAGGAUGGCGGCGGCGGGAGCGGCAAGGGCGGGAGCGACCAGGAUACGGAAUCCAUUUCGCUGGUGCGGCGCUCUGCGCACCGCCACAGUGAGGAAGACGUCAUUGAACGGCUCUGGCCCACCGGCGGGGAUGACGAUAGAGAUGGUGCUUGGGGCGCCGCAAGCCACAGUUGUAGCCGCAGUCUCGGCAGCCGGCAGGGCCGUAGCAGCGAGGGCAGCAGGGGCUCAGCCCGCAGCGGUGGCGCUGGCGGCGGGAGCCAGGCUCACAGCCACAGUCGCACCCACACCUCGGCGGCUGGCGCCUCAGCAAGCGGGGGAAGCGGUGGCGGCGUGUAUGAUUAUGAGGACGAGGUGACGAGGAGCGGCGGCGGCGGCGAGGAAGCGUACUCGCACAUUCGGAGCCAGGGCAAUGGCAGGUCAGCUGCAUCUGGCGCGCUGCAGAGCCCAAGCACGGGCAGCAGCGGCCAAGAGGCUGUAGCAGCAUCGGUCACACGCAGCCGCGGCAGCCGUGGCGGCGGUGAGAGCUCUCAGCCAACUGCUCAACCGCAGCCUCGUGCUAGUACCAAGUCGCUGGGCACGCAGGAUACAGGUACAACAUCAACAGCGCUCAGCGGCGGUCCCCGCUUCGUGGCGGCCUCCCGGCGCGCCCUUGGACCAGAUCGGCAACAAAGGGAGUCACGGCAGGCGGAGCAACAGCACCAGCACCUGCAAGCGCAGCAGCAGCACCAGCACCUGCAGGCGCAGCACCAGCACCACCAGCACCAAAAGCAGCAGGCUGAGGAGCUGCAGCGGCGCAACGCGGCGUUGAUGGGUGUGCUGGAGCGCGCCGCCGCUGGCAGUGACGCCCUGCAGGCCAAGAUGUAUGAGCAGCGGCUGGAGGUCAUGGAGUUGCAGGCAGCGAUGGAGGUUGAGCGGGCGCAGCACGCCGGCGAGGUGGCGCGGCUGCGGCACCAGCUCCGCCAUGCAGCAGAGGCGGCGGUGGCGGCCGAAGGCGCUGCGGCCACCGCCGCAGGCGCCGCCGCUGCCGCAGCGGCGGCGGCGGAAGGCGCAACUGCAGAAGCCGCAGCAGCCAAUGCACGUGCUGCGCCCACAUCCGAGACGGAGGCAGGCAAGCUGGCGAUUGCUGAUUUCAGCAGUGGCAUGGCUGUGGGUCGCAGGGCGCGCAAGGACCCGCAGGCCGCCGCAAAGGCGGCUCGUGCGGCAGGCGAGGCGGCGGCGGAGGCCUCGGCCGCCGCGCUGCAGGCGCUGCUUGCCACGUAUGAGGCCCACAUACGGGACCUGCAAAAGCAGGUGGAGAGCCUGGCAGCCGGGCAGUCGGAGAUAGCGAUUCAGGCGGCACAGCAGGAGCUGGCUGGCCUGGCGGCGGCGGCUGCCUCAGCGAAGCGGCGCCGCCGGCGCCACAGCUACGGCGGCGCUCUGUCGCAGCACGGCCGUGGUGCCGCCUACAACAUCCGCAGCGGCGAUGUCAGCGAGGAGGGUGACAGUGAUGGCGGAGGGCUCAUGCCGCUGCCAUCGGAAGGUCAGAUCCUCAGAGGUCUGCGAGGCGUCAGCGCUGGUUGUGGUGGUGGCGGCGGCGGCGGCGCCUUUGGCGGCUCGAUUGGCGCUGUAGCGAAGUGGGAGCGUGGGCGCGCGGAGCUCAAAGCAUUGCGUCUUGCACUGCGGCAAUCGCAGCAGCGUGAGUCGGGCCUGGCGGCGGCGCUGACGGCCGCGCAGCAGCAGCAACGCGCAGCGCUGCUAGCGGCGCGGCAGGCGGCGGGCGAAGGGGCGCGGCGGCGCUGGCUGGAGCAGCAGGUAUCGGAUCUGAGGCGCGAGCUGGAGGCGGAGCGCGGCCGCACCUCCGCGGUCCUGGGGGAGCGAGACGCGGCGCACCGAGACCGGAUCAGGCUGGAGCUGGAGAACCAGGUUCUGCUGGCCCAGCAGGUGGAGCUGCGGCGUAUGUGUGAGGCCUACGCGGCCCUGGCAGAGCGCUCCAACAACUACAUGCGGAUGGCCGUGGCGCUGCCGGAAGCGGUGUCGGCGGCGCCGCAGCAACUGAUGCUCGGGCAGCUGCCACCGUAGGAGGAGCCAUGUGUCAUGACACUCAUGAGGCCUUCAGUGCUCCGUCGGCUUGGAUGAAGCGAGGUGAGCGCGAACACCGCUUAAUAGCGAAUGCGAUUUGCCAGCAGUCGAG